GGGAAGCCGUGGAGGGAGCGGAGCGGAGCGGUGAGGGGCUCGGCACCGGCCACGGUUACCGGCCUCGGUCUACGGCACUAGAGCGGGAGGAGCGGCCCCGCCGCCUCGGGUAACGGCGUGGUGAGGCCGCGGCUGCGCUGGGCUUACUGUGGGAGCCGACUUCUCCUCAGCUCCCGGGCUCGGCCUUCCCGCCUACAGCAAGGCCCGUCUGCCCCGCGGCCUGCGUUUCUAUCUCCUUUCCUUACCGGCUUUCAUCCGCCACCAUGUCGGUCAAUCCCAUGGCCUACGAAGCGCAGUUCUUUGGCUUCACCCCCCAGACGUGCAUGCUGCGCGUCUACAUCGCGUUCCAGGACUACCUCUUCGAAAUGAUGCUGGUGGUAGAGAGCGUAAUCCUGAAGAAGCUGGAUGGGUUUCCCAACUGUAAAAUCAGCCCCUUCCAAAUCCGGAAAAGCACCGAGAAAUUUCUUCUCUUCAUGAAGGAGCACUUUGAUAAACUCUUCAGUAAAAUGGAAGAAGUGCUCCUGCAGCUGGUGUUGAACAUCCCUAAGAACGUGCUCCUUCCCGAGGACAAGGUCCAUGAGCAGUACCCCUACAGCAAAGAGGAGUUCCAGGCGCUGCAGGAUGAGAUCAAUCAGCUGCAGCAGCAGUACAGGGCCGAGGUGUCUGCUGGGCAGGCACUGCGAGCAGAACUGGAAGAACAGAAGGCUGUUCGGGCUGAGCUUGAGAAGAUUUUGCAAUGGUUUGAUGGGCUCGAGAAUAUCUGUAGGGAGCACGGGACUGGCAACUUGAAAGAAAGCUUUGCUUUCUUGACGCAGAACUCUAAGAAACUGCAAGAUGUGCUGAAAGAUGUUGAAGAGAAAAGCAAAAAAAUAAAGAAGCAUGAUCAGUUAUUGUAAUGGAAAUUCUGAAAAGGGAACAAAAAUAAUUUAGACAGCAUGCUGAAAAUUAUAGGGACUUACCUUUCCAGAGCAUCUCCUCUAAUCCCUUACUCCUCUAAUCCUGCCAGGAUCUAGACUAAAAGCUGGCAAACCGUGCCAGUUUGCACCUAUUUCACACCUCCCUAGGGAAGUAGGGAGAGGGAAAAGCCUGUGAAAUGUAACUGUGAAACUGGUGAUUGGGAAUAAAUUUUGGGUUGGGUAACCUGGCUGUGAAGGUGCCUUCCUGACCUUAUGGACAUUAACUGAACACAAUAUAGCAUUUGUUGAUUUUAAGGAUUUAAAAAAAAAAAAAAAGUAAAUGUCUAAGUAAGGCCUGUAAGAAUGUGUGAGUGAAUUUCCAGACCAACAGCAGCUCGGAAUCGGUGUUUCUCUCAGUAAGGACAUCAGGACCUUGUACCAGUUUCCCGAAGGACCUGUAUUGCAUGGACGGUUUCUUGUUUCGGCUAAGGCGCCCUUCGCUGUGUUUUCAAAGCCAACAACUAGGAAUUCCAUAGAGAAGAGUGAGACAGCGAUGCUGCGGUCAAGGUUCUGAAGAGAGAGAGAUCUGUUUGCAUCAAUACUGAAUUUCGGCCCAGUUUCUGAAAUUUCAGGGUUACUUACCACUUCAUAUAUGUUAGCUAAGAGAGAGCUUGUGUUUCCUUUAAGCAAGGACAGCGUGCUGCUCCAGUGACUGAAGAUAAAGAAGCCAUUAGAGGAAAUGAGCAACUCGGUCACCUGCAGCUUAUGUUGCUCUCUAUAUAUUUUUGUUUGGUUUUAUUUUUGUUGUCCAAUGUCCUUUUUCUACUAAAUAGCGAAGUUCAUUUUAUUCAUGUUUAAUCUGAUUUUCCUGAAAAAAAUUUUGUGAAGAAUGACUGAUAUGCUUGAGUUCUUUGAAGUCACUUAAUUAAGCUUAUUCCAUCUGUACUUGCUUCAAAACGCAUUACAGCCUGUGUGCAUCUUUCCAUUGGCCUCUGCAGGUUUUGAAUCUCCUGUACAGACGUAGCAUGAGAUAUCAAUACUAAUUUCUGCUUAACUAGCAUAGAUGUUUGAAAGACAUUAAACUUGUGAAUGAUUUAGAAGUUACUGCAAUUAAAAAAAAUGUAUCAAAAGUGUAAAAUAGACUUUGCAGUUUGUUCUUCCCGGACUUUUGAAGACUUUAUACAGUAUCAGCUUGGUAAAACCAGUAUCUUUAAACAUAUAUGGCCUCAGUGUGCGGCUGGAGGCCUGUGAGACUCCAUGGCCACUCGAAAUCCUCACAGAGGAAGUGAAUUUCUGAUGUUGAGCUCUAGACUUCUGUAGUGAAUUUUCGUCUGCAUGGAGGCUAGAGUUCAGAGGUGGAAAAAAUAGGGAAAUGGGUGAAAAUUAAUUUCCUUGUUUAGAAAACAACUCAGUGACUUAAAAGUUAUCUGGUAUUCUCUAACUUGAAGCUUGAAAAGUAGAAAAGCAUGAUUAAUACAAUGUCUGCUGUAGAUAAUCUUGCUGGAAAAGCAUGCCUGCAUUUUAUACAGCUACCAUCAGUUUUGUUGCAGAAACCAAGCAGCCACUGCUCUAAAUUGAAUGCAAAUGUGUAGAUAUUGUUUCAUUGAAUGUGAAAUUGUAAAGAAUAACAUUUGAAAAAUUGACUGAGAAGCAAAGGUGAUAACUUGACCCCAAAGACCCGAGAAUGGUUCCACUAGAGAAGAGCUACAAGCAAGAAUUGACAAAGGGGGAUGAAACAAUCAAUUGCUGCCUGCUCUUCAGGGCACAGGCCAGCGUAACUGCUGUCUAGACCUAAUGUCACGAUAUGCUCCUUGAAGUCCUCAGAAUUAUUGGUAUCUUGUCUUGGAAAUAAAGAGGAGGAAAACGAGAUGUGAUGAUAGCACUGACGGAUCUGAAACCUUUCACUUUCUGCAGUCCCGAAUAAAGGCAUUGCUGCAUGCAGGGGAAAUGUCCCAAGUACGAAGAUCUUCACAUCUGUUCACGCAACGGGUCAGCAUCUGCACAGGCUCUUCAGCCAAGAUUAAACGCUGGUGGUCUGAUGACAAAGCCAUUGAGUGGAAAUAAAUGGCAUAAGAAGAGCAGAUCUGUGAAGAAAAAAAGGAACUUUGCCAUGACCCCUCUGGAGAUACCGGCUUCUUAAAUUCAACUGCUAUUA